AGAGAAGGAAAAACAAGCGGGCCGAGUUGUGAGUGACUGCGGUGCAGAUUUUUUUCGCCAGCAAGGCCGAGUUCUUCGCUGAACCCCCAAAAUCUCACAACCCACCUCCCCUCCGCCUCUCCCAUCUACCCACCGGCGGGCGGCGGCGGCGACAUGGAGGGUGGCGGCGAGGAGUUCGCGAUCGGGGUGCUGAUCUCCGUGAAGACCACCCUCGGCGAGGAGUUCGAAGGCCAGAUCGUCUCCUUCGACCGCCCGACCAACCUCCUCGUCAUUCAGGAAGGCGUGGGGAGGGCAGAGAGAGGUGAGCGGAGGAACGUGCGGGUGCUCAAGGCGAACUACAUCCGGGAGUUCUCCGUUGUAGGCAAGGCCGACGACCCGCUCGACCCGGCCGGCUGCGUGCUCGACCUCGCCGCCAUCCACGCCCGGGAGGAGGCCGCUCUCAGACAAGCUGAGAUUGAAGCCGAGAGAAUUGGUGUUGGUGUCACCCCAGAAGCUCAAAGCAUAUUUGAUGCAUUGUCCAAGACGCUUCCAGUUCAGUGGGACAAGACUGACAUUGUUGUAAUGAAGGAGGUUCGUGUAUGCAAUCCAUACCUGCCUGAAAAUGUCAGUGGAGGAACAUCUGCUGCAAAUGAACGGGUUAAGAAAGUGCUUGACUUUGAAAGGAAAAGGCUACAUGUGCGUGUACCUGGCCAAUUCUAACUUAUUCGGCUGCUUUUCACCUGAACUCCCCCUUUGUACUCUACUUUAAGGGCUGAAUCAUCAAUAGAUUUUUCUAAAAUUUGUUUCUGCAAAAUCCAUGCCAUAAACUAUCUCAUCAGCUAGCUAAAUCUGUAUCCUGUUAUAGAUAUCUCAUCAGCUAGCUAAAUCUGUAUCCUGUUAUAGAUGUGCCCUUCGAAUAAAUUGUCAUGCUGAUGUUAAUUCAGCUGCUGGUUGUAAGAGGGCUUUGAUUGAGGCAAACUUAGAAAGUAAAAUUUGAUUGAUGGCAUUGAAAGAAGGUGAGUUAUAGAUAACAAAGGAAAGAUGGGGAGCUACAAUGGAAAAUGCUUCAUUGAACUUAUGUAUUUUGUGUGAGAUUUGUAACUCCAGUUUUUUUUUCUUAUACUUCUUGGGGAAACUUAUACUUCAUGGGUAAUCGGGGUAACCUUUUUAUUUCUGACUGCAGAAUUAAUAUAGGGAGAAUGGAGGCAUUUUCUAGACCACAGGAACUGAAACUUAAAUUGUCCAAUCCUGUACUAUGCUGUAUCUUUAAUUUUUUUGUUCAGGUUAAGAAGUUGCUCA